UUUACGAUCAAGCGGAGCGCAGGGAGCGUACAGAGAUAUCCAGAUUGAAGAGGAAGAGAGAGAGGGAGAGAGCAAUGGAAGAAACCAUGGCUGAACGUGGAAGAUCUCUGGCUGCUCCGGUGGUCUUCAUGGUCGUCGUUGCAUUCCAAAUCCUAUCCAGACUCAUAGAAAAGAAGAAAAGGAGGGGAUCGAAUUCUGCGGUGGAGGCCCAAUUGCGCGUAGAGAUUAAGCAACUCUACAAGGAAGCGGCUUCCUUAUCACAGCCUUCGACAUUUGCCCAAGCUGCUAAACUUAGGAGGAUGGCAGCAAAUAAGGAGAAGGACCUCGCAAAGAUUCAAGAAUUGCACAGCAAGGAGAUGAAAUUGUCGUAUGGUGCAUACUCGAAGGGCCUUACUAUAUUAAAGGGUUUCACAUAUUUUUUGCUCAUUUGUUGGUUUUGGCGGGUUCCUGUGGCUGCCAUAUCUAAGCAACUUGUGGAGCCCUUUGGGAAGGUGCUAUCUUGGAGAGCAGGGGGUCCUUUGAAUGAUAAUGUCAUGAAGCUUUACAUUACCUAUGUAACCUAUUGCAACCUGAUGAUGGUUUUCGGGACUGACCACCACGUGCCACUUCUACGACUGGACUUCGGGAAUGGAACCUCGGACUUGGGGAUGUCGGACCUCGGGUGUAGAACCUGCAAGACAAUGGAGGGUCGGGGAUUGGAUCCCGCGCGGUGGACUCCGACGCUCAAAUCAGUAGAGUAAAUGGAGUAUUAGUAAAUGAGAGAGCUGUAGAGCUUGGGUAUACCUGGCGAGAGUCCUUGUCUUUUAUAGGCGAACCCGUUUUGGGGUAUUCGAGAUGAGUGAGCACGACUCCCGAGAAUCCCAGUCAAGCUGGAACGGGUCUUGCGAUUCGGCCCGGAUUUCUCGGGCUUCGCUCUAGAGUGUUGACUGGCCACGUGUCGGUCUCUCAGGUGAUCCACGUGGCAGGUGAGACUAUUAGCGCGUAGGGGUAUUCUAGUAAUUUCAGUUGGUGCCACAUCACAACCUUUGUCUUUUUUCCCUUAUUUGGCUAGCUGCCUGGAAAAUGAAAACACUAGACAUAGUGAAUAGAGAAGUUGUGUGCAACCUUGAGUCUCAUAAUUGAUAUCUCCUUCUUGUUGUCAUCCUAACUAUGGAUGUUUCAUGCUUAGGAGAAUUCUCAGCUGUGAGCUACAAUGUUGAUGUCUCAUUUACACGUAAAUUUUUGGGUGCUGUUCCUCAUCUAGUCCUUUACUUUCAACCAGUUAUUUUAUUUCAUUAUUUAGAAACGUUAGCAGAGAUACCCGAUAUUUAAAUACGGGACUCGUGUUUGACAUGGGCGAGAUCCUCUUUCCGGGGUCAGAUGAGUCAGGGUACGGGUCAGAUAUUAGAUUAUACAUUUCUCCAUUGUUUCCGGGCAUACUUGAGCAUUCUUUUCGUCUGGGUCAUGCCAGGAAAAUAUGAAUAACUAUCGCGCGCAAAUUCAACGACUUGAGCUCAAUAUAUUUAUGAGAUUUCUGAUUGUAUGUGUUCAAUACAA